AUGAAAUCAAAGGUCACACUCGCCAUCGACCCGAAAAAAGCUCGCAUGGAGAAGAAAUAUGUUGGUGACCCGGACUCACCCAACUUUCUGCCUCCUUCACCUUUGAUCGAUCGACGAGUGCUUUCAGCACAAAUAGAAGGCGAACUGAAAAGAGUCUGUGCCACUGUGCUGGCCAAUGAACAAUCUGCGGACGAUGAUCUUGCAGUUAUAUCACGUUAUCUCUCCAGCCAUCCUCAAAAAGACAAAAAGCCUACAAAACACGACAAGCACUCCUCGUUCGUAUUUCAGCCACCUAAAACCCACGUUUCUGAACUAGCCGCUGCAUCCUUUCUUCAAACUACCAGCAAGCUACCCACAAAGACCCAGACGCAGCACAAACAGGACCGGCAAGAAUCAGCUGCUGUUGCUAUAGCCUCCGAGCCAUUAGAACCAGCAAACACCCAGGUGUCAAGACAGAAGCCCAGCUUCUCCAAUACAGAAAAUGAAGCUUUAUAUGAGAUCCGGAGAAAAUUGGAAUCAAGACCAAAAACCUCUGCGGCAGCAUGCAUUGAUUAUCCUGAAUUGACAUCACCCGAUCAGUCAAAUCCUACUACCUCGGUGCCCUCCAAUCGAACGACAUAUUCUACGCCAUUCACUUCCGCUGGCGUCACACCCGGUCAGACAAGUAAACGAUUCUCCCAAAGCGUUCCGAAUGCCAUCGGUAAUAUCGAAAUUGAACCAGUAGAGACUACAGCACUCCCAAAAUGCCCUGACGAUGCCAUUUCCCUCGCUCCAGAGCAAACGGCUCAAGCUCGAGCCUGGAUGGCCGAGCAGCUUACAAGACGUCGCCGUUCCUCCUCACAAACACCACAAGACAUCUCAGCCACCCGACCCCUGCACGAAUUCCAUCCUCUGCAAUCACGACAUAACCCAGAGAAUUCUCGCCCUGCCAGCCGCGCUGCCAGCAUACGAACCAACAUCUCCAACAACAUCCGCGAAUAUAUCAGACCCGGCUCCUCCGCCGGUAGCAUCCGCUCAAACCACAGUAUAAGCUCCAAUCAUUCCCGUACCCACCAACGAAUCUCUGCCCUCAAAGCCAAGAUCAGCAGUGCCUCGCUUCGCUCCCGAUCCAGCAGCCGCCGACGACCGGGCUACGACGACGGAGACGAAUAUUUCAUCAACCCGGAGCAGGUAAAUCUUGAUCGUCCGUUGCCGCCCCUACCCGGGCUGGACUCAUACAGGGAGAAGCCGAAACAUAUCGGAUUGAUGAUGAAGAGCAUGAUCACGCCUUCUGCGUUGAAGAGAGACACGGCGAAUGUGGUCAUAGAUACGAACGGGGUCGAGCGCGUCAUGACUGCCGAAGAAGAAAAGCGACGAAAGGACGACUUGGCCAGAGCUGUCCUGGAGAAGAUGAGUACGGGCAGUAUUGGCAGUGUGCCUGCUUCUCCCACGGGCGUGAUCAGUAUGUACAGAGAGGGCGUCAAACUCAGUCUUGAUGACGAGCUCAGCAGACCCGUUACAUCUGGGAGUGGCAGCGGGGUUGGUGCCGUGCCGCUCUAUAACAGGGGUCAUCGUGCUGCAAGGCAGAUGCAACCCGAGAAGGCUGCGCCACCGGCACAUCCGAGCAAUCCUAGGCCGGUGGGUGGCUUUGUCAAGAGGUGGGGAGGUCGACUGGGUUGGGGCAGGAAGACCAAGAUUGUUGCGAUUGAGUGA